AUGAUGUACAAGAGUAAGCUGCAGGAGCUGUGCCAUGGGAAGAAGUGGGGUUUGCCAAGAUACACGGCCAUGAAGGAUGGACCGGAUCACAACCCUGCCUUCAAGGCCUCUGUAUCUGUAAAUGGCUUCUCCUUUGACUCGCCCGUUGCUUGCAAAUCUUCCAAACAAGCGCAGAACCAAGCCGCCAUGCUCGCUUUCCUCCACUUCACCUCUCCACCUUCUUCUUUUCCUUCUGUUGAGCCUACUGUUACAGCUGAUGAGCAUGCUAUUGAGAGCCCAGAGUUCUUCAACACUUUGAAGGGGCCAGAGCAUGCUGCUGCGAACGCUGUUGAAUCUGGUCAUUACAAGAAUCUCUUACAGGAGUUAGCUCAGAGAGAAGGCUUUUACAUGCCAGCAUAUAAAACUGCGAGAUCCGGUGCAUCUCACUUGCCAACAUUCUCCUCCACUGUGGAAGUUGAAGGAGAGGAAUACUGUGGGAAAGCAGGGACAUCCAAGAAACAGGCAGAGCUGAAUGCUGCAGAAGUUGCCUACAUUGCUUUAAAAGAGCGUGGAUUGAGCCGGGCUACUGAGAUCACUUCCUGCCAUCUGAGAGAAGGUGCUCUCAAGACCACUCAAAGCUCUGACUUGAGAAUGACUGUUGAUUCAGUCAAGAAUCUCAUUCAUGAAGAACAAUUGGUUUCAUCUCCAGCUAUCAAGUAUGAGGAAUGUACUAAACAAAUCAAAGGCACAUUACACGAUUUAUCAGCCAACGCCAAUCUCGAAGCUGAGGUCUCUGAUUCAUUUCAUGCAGUACCGGAAAUGGAUAACAUGAAAGAAACCGGAAAUCCUUCUUCAUGCUCUGAAUCGAUGCUCCCUUCAACUGAAGAAAGCCCUUCCUCUCCAGCAUUUAUACAACCCAAUCUUCCUGCUGUCACAAAUGUAGGGAAAGGUACAGGGGUGAGGAGUUACUUGCUGUGCAACAGGGUUAGAGUUUACACACAAUUUCCUAAUAUUGCAUUCCCUAAUCGCAUAACGGUGCUGCCCAUUAGUGAUGACAAGUGGGUGGCUUUCAGCUUGGAGUUCCCAAAUGAAGAAAGCAAUUAA